GCAGUCGACGGCGGAAGAAGCAGGUCCAGGUCGUCCAGCUGAGCAGGUUCCGCGACGAGAUGUUGGCAGCGAGGUUCAUGUCAGAGCAGCUGGUGGCUCGCUGCCAGAGCGCGACGACGAAGGGGGAGAUCGAGAACGACAAGAACCACUUGGACCGCAACUGCGCGAAGAGCAUGGGCGCGGCCAAGCGCCCCGCCGCCGCGGAGUCCGCCAAGGUCGAGGACAAGAAGUCCACGCAGAGCAAGUCGAAGAAGCCGAAGCUGCAGAAG